CCGAACAUGGGCAAGUCGUCGGUGAUCAACAGCAUCUUCGGGAAGAAGGUUGUCUCCUCCUCGUCCACGCCGGGGCACACGAAGCACUUUCAAACUCUCUUCCUCACCAAGAGAGUUUGCUUCUGCGACUCCCCGGGAGUUGUUUGCCCGAAGCUCAAGAUCCCCCGAACUUUGCAGGUCAUCUUCGGGUCCUACAGGAUCGCACAGGUCAGAGAACCUUACAGCAUCAUUCGAUUCAUCGCCGAGAAG